CGCGUGCCCGCCCGCGCGCCCGCCCCCUGGUAGGCUCGCUCUCUGCGUCGCCUCCGCGCCUGGUGGUUCCGUCCCGCUGCGGUGAGGAGGCAGCUAGCUCAGAAGACUCGGAGCGGGCCGGUUCCCUCCCCCGCGUCCCUGCGACCGCCGCGGCGAAGAUGGCCUCAGGAGUGCAAGUUGCUGAUGAAGUAUGUCGCAUUUUUUAUGACAUGAAAGUUCGGAAGUGUUCCACACCAGAAGAAAUCAAGAAAAGAAAGAAGGCCGUCAUUUUUUGUCUCAGUGCAGACAAAAAGUGCAUCAUUGUAGAAGAAGGCAAAGAGAUCUUGGUUGGAGAUGUUGGUGUAACUAUAACCGACCCUUUCAAGCAUUUUGUGGGAAUGCUUCCUGAGAAAGAUUGUCGCUAUGCUUUGUAUGAUGCAAGCUUUGAAACCAAGGAAUCUAGAAAAGAGGAGUUGAUGUUUUUUUUGUGGGCACCAGAGCUAGCACCUCUGAAAAGUAAAAUGAUCUAUGCGAGCUCCAAGGAUGCAAUCAAAAAGAAAUUUCAAGGCAUAAAGCAUGAAUGUCAAGCAAAUGGGCCAGAAGACCUCAAUCGGGCUUGUAUUGCUGAAAAGCUAGGUGGAUCCUUAAUUGUAGCUUUUGAAGGAUGCCCUGUGUAGAUCAUCAUUCAGUGCCACAAAUCAAAAGCUUCCAUGUUUAAUGUUACCCUCUUGCUAUAUAAGUAAAGCAAAUAUGUCUAGGCCAGGGUCUCACUGAGGGGAAGCUGUUUUGUCAUCUGUUAGAGUGAACUAAAUAUUCUAUAAACAUGUGCAGACAGCCCUAAAUAAAUCUAAAAUCUAAAUUUUAUUGGUAUGAAAUUAAAUUCUUAUUGGCCAAAUGCCUGUUUUGAUGAGUUGGCUUGUAAAGAUUUUUGCUAAGCUCAUGAAUUUUAAUAAUGCAGUUCACAAAACAGUACAAGGUCAUAUGAAGAGAAUGUUAACCUCGGCAAUUACUUUAGCUUAAAGAAUUGGUUGUAAUCUGGUUAUAAUUUUGGCCCCAAUUCUUUAUUCUCUCUUGAGCUAAAUUGAAUGGAAAAUAAUUUUCACAACAUGUAAUAACACUAAUAUACUAACUCUAAUAAGAUUAAAUCAAGAAGUCUUUUAAUUCUACCAGAUGUAUAAUGGAGACUGUCUCAGAAUCGUGUACACUUAAUAAUCAGCACUGAUCUUGCAAAAGCACUCUUUCAAGCACAUAGCUGGAAUACAGGAACCAACUCCAUGCACCUGGGGUGAACUCUCCACUUACUAGAUGAGAAACUGUUCUGAGAGUGACCUAGCAUCUUGAGAACCAUGGUGUGUGCUCAGGAGAAUGUGCAGUACCUUGUAACAACUAAUUAUAAUGCAAAUUAGGGCUCCAUUGUAACACUUUUGUUCAUGAAAAUGAUGAAACAGUAUACUGAUAAGCUGGGACACCUGGAAUAUCCGUGUCUCUUUCAGAAUUUUGUUGCUUCUGGUACAUAAGGUGUGGAAAAACAUUGUUUACUCUGGGGCCUGAAAGAAUGUCUUAAUUUCUUAGAGCAGUGUCAACUAGGUGAAAUGGGGAGCAGGCAUGACACAUGACGACACUCACAGGAAAGCCGCCACCUGAAGACACUUGGAAGUGAUUGUCUUUAACAUCACAGGCAUAAUAUUUUGAAUAUAGGUGCACAAACAGUUGAAGUUAGAAGUAGCUGUAUUGGCUUUAUAUAAUAAAGGAAGCAUUUUUAACUUA